UGUUCAUAUACGCACGCGUGACCGCGAAUGAAAACCAAAAUAAACGCAUCAGUCACUACUCCAAAACACAUAAUGUGAAUUGGAGGUUAUUUUUUACUUCUGAAAGUAUAGUAACUAAGUGUAGAUAUAAAUAAACUAAGUGUAGAUAAAAGGGUGAUAAAAUAUUUAUAAUACUGAAACAUCUAGUGCAUGCUGCAAAACAUGAAUGUGGCUUUGCUUCUUUUUAAUAUCAAUCAGAAUGAAGUUGAUUUACGAGAAAGACGUCAAAAAAGAGCAGCGUUUAGAAGAAUCAAAUUGGAAAGGAAAGUCUUCAGAGAUCGUUCAAACCCUUUUAAUCUCGAAGAAGAGCAUUUCAGACAAUUAUACAGAAUGACACCUGCUUUGGCUUUGGAUCUCAUUAGAAUAUUACAAGAUGGUAUCAACGAUCAAGGUGUAUCUUACAUCCCUGUGCAUUUGCAAGUCCUUGCAGCUUUGCAGUUCUUUGCUCAAGGUGGUUACCAAAAUGGGAUAAGCCAGAACUACAGACAUCCUCUUGGUAGAUCAACAUUUAGUCGCUGUUUGCAUAGAGUGGUGCGUGCUUUAUCAUGGAUAGCUGAUGACUGGAUCACAUUUCCAGAAAGCAGAGAGGAAAGACAGCAAGUUAGCAACGGGUAAAACAUCUCAAAGCCAUAAGUUUCCAAGUAAAUGUCUGAGUUUAGUUU